AUGAGCGCCAACGAGGACCAGGAGGUGAGCCCGCCGGGCGGGACGCCCCUUUGCCCUGCGCGGAGCCCCAGCCCCGAGGUGGGGCUGCCGAGCAGCGGGAAGCCCUGCAUUUGGUGCCUGGACGAGCCUCCCGGCACGUGCCCUUCGCCCCUACGGCCCUCCAAGCCUGGCCCGCGUGCCCCAAGUUUGACGGUGCCCUGCGAGGAGAGGCCAAGCAUGCGGGAAUGGUUAAGUCCAGUUUCAUUUCAAUAUAGGAUAGGUGAGAACGGUGAUCCCAAAGCCUUCUUGAUAGAGAUUUCCUGGACAGAAACAUAUCCCCAGACACCUCCAAUUAUAUCUAUGAAUGCUUUUUUUAACAACACCAUAUCAUCAGCUGUAAAGCAGAGUAUAUUAGCCAAGUUACAGGAAGCAGUGGAAGUUAAUCUUGGAACCGCUAUGACCUACACGUUGUUUGAAUAUGCCAAGGACAAUAAAGAGCAGUUCAUGGAGAAUCACCAUCCCAUUAAUUCUACAGUGAAUCACAAAGGGGAACUUCCUCGAGGCUGGAACUGGGUUGAUGUCGUGAAGCAUUUAAGCAAAACUGGCUCUAAAGAUGAUGAAUAACGCUUGGAAUUUGAGACAAAGAAAGAGCAUCCUUUAAAAAAAACUAGGUUCAAAAUCCGUCGUUACUAUUUUCUGGUAUUGAGGUAGCUUUUUAUAAAACAUAAUUUUUUGUAUGUUUCUUACACAAAAAUGUUGUUAGUUGAAAGUUCAUGAAGAGAUCUGGUUGUAUUAAAUUAUUUUCACAAACUUGCCUUAAUAAAAGGUGAAAAUGUUACUGUUUAGGAUACUUUAUGAAGCCUGUUGAGCUUUGUAAGUAGACAAAUAUGGAGAAUAAUAAUCAGUAUUAAUUUAUAUCGUCUUAUUCUAGUGGGUGUGAUAUUUUUGUAAAGACAUAUGAAGCCCUUUUUAAACUGUCAUCCCAGUGGAACAGAAUAUUGAGUGAACAGUUAUCCUACAGUAUGACCCAUGUCAAAUAAAAUAAACUCUUCAGCUCUUCUUUUGUUUAAUUAUUGAAGCAUAAGUUGCCUCAGAGAAAUUUGGAUGCUGGUAAUUUGAACUUUAUACAUGAUAUCCUUUGUAGUUCCUUUUUAUUUUCCAAGGGUGAACUACUUCCCUUUAAUAAAUUGAUAUCUAUUUAUAUUUAUCUCUUGGUUUGAGUCAAAGUAUUUGAUCAUAAGAACUUUUGAUGAUAUGUGGGAUAGGAGAAUAUAAAAACAAAUCUGCCAGAUACGUUAGGAAGCAUUUGAAUAAGAAGUGCUGGCUCUUAUUUAAAAUAUUUCUCUUUUCUGCAUAUACCAGGAUGGGAGUAAAAGAUGCCUUAAUAUUUAAUUUUUGUAUUGUUGGAGACAGUGAUUUUAAUAAAUUCCUAUUUAUCUUCUAUUGUGUGUUUUUAGUUAUUGAAUAACUGAGGUCUUCUAAAUGGUUCAAUAUAAAACCACAUUUGUUUCUUUUCACUGUGUCUUUUCAAAUAUCCAAAUGUAUUUCUCCAUCUGAGCAUCUUUUUAAUAAUAUACAUAGAAGUCUUUCAAAUGCUGAACUGUUAUACGUACUUGAUAUUUUAAAAAAUUAUAAAUAGAGGAAACUCUUGGCAUCAUUUUAUCAUUUUACCAGGAAAAGAUACUGAUGUUUAUGUGUGAUUUACCGUGAUUUUUGUAUAUGCUCCCCAGCUUUAAGAACACUUACUUCAAGAUGCUGCUGUAUUUUGAAGGAUAGAUUGUUAGUUCCUCAAGUUAUACCUGUGUAGCUUGGGUCUGCAUUUUUAGAGAGUAAUUAACUUUUUAAAGAAGUUACCUUAGCAUAAGAGCAGUUUGAGUUGUGUCCCUGGUUUUUACUGGGUUAACUUUGGCUUCAGUUAAAUUAUUUGAAGUACAAAGUAAGUAUACUUACAGUGGAAGAAUGUAAUCUCAUUUUCAAAAGCUGAAUCACAUUUGAAUUAAUAUAGAGCAAAACAUAUUAAAAUCCAGGACCACUGGAAUAGGCCAACUUUUGUUUCGGGUCUGUGUAUGUAAUAGUUUUUGUUGUGAUUUGUUUGCUUGUCUUUUUGAAGAAACAUCUGCUAGUAGAAGAAAAUACUUGUUUUGCUCUGAAGAUUCUGAAAUUGUUCAGGCUAAUUGUGAUUCAUAGAUUACAAAGAAUAAUGCUAGUUAAAUGCCAAUGAACUAUUUUUACUCUUUUUAUAUGAAAUGUACAAAUUUCUGGGGGUGACAGUGGCAGUGGUGCCUCUUAUUACCUUACGUAAGGUAAUUGAACAUUCUCAUCAAUAUUGCCAUCUACUGUUGAACUCUCCCAGUAUAUUUUCUCAAAGUCUGUUUACUUAAAAUUGUGUGGAAUGACAUAAUUAAUAAGCAAUAAAGUCUGAAUUACACACAA